AUGUUCUGGGAUUUCCAUGUCGGUAACCCCGAAGGCAUUCAUGAACUCAUGCACUUGUUCAGCGACCGUGGAACACCAGCUUCACUUCGCCAUAUAAAUGCAUACAGUGGACAUACUUAUAAGUUCACUAAAGAGGAUGGCUCCUUCAAAUACAUCAAGAUCCAUAUCAAAAGUCAACUCGGCGUCAAGAACAUGACUAAUGAUGAUGCUGUGCGAACUGCAGGGGAGAAUCCAGAUUUCUACAUGCAGGACAUGUAUGAAGCAAUUGAAAGAGGUGAUUAUCCCGUGUGGAAUGUCUACGUGCAGGUCAUGGACCCAAAAGAAGCCGAGACCUACAAGUGGAAUAUCUUCGACAUGACAAAAGUGUGGCCGCACAAGGACUUUCCACUACGGGAAAUUGGGAAGUUGACUUUAAAUCGUAAUCCACGAAACUUUUUUACCGAUAUUGAACAGGCAGCUUUCUCUCCGUCCAACAUGGUCCCUGGAAUUGCUCCAUCUGCUGAUCCUAUGCUUCAAGCUCGAAUGUUCGCCUAUCCCGAUGCCGCGCGCUACCGUCUAGGGACAAAUUAUCAGAUGCUUCCCACAAACGCAGCCAAAGCCCCAGUAUACUGUCCAUUUCAGCGAGAUGGAUUCAUGAAUUUUUCUGAAAAUUAUGGUGAUGAUCCCAAUUAUGUGGGCUCCUCCCUCAAGCCAACUGUGUUUGCCAUGAACUCCUCCGGUAAACCCAAAACAAGCACCAUUACCGAACAUGAAAAGUGGGUUGGAGAGGUCUCUACGUUCACCAGCACUUUCCAGCCUCAGGACUUUGAGCAGGCCACAGGGCUGUGGAAGGUCCUAGGACGUGAACCAGGUCAUCAGGACCGAUACAUUGAUAAUGUGUCCGGGCAUAUCAAGGGUGUUACUAGCAAGCAGCUUCGAGAGAAGGUUUACAAUCUUUACAGUUCUGUUGAUGCAGCUCUAGGCCGGCGUGUUAAGGAAGUAACUGAGGCAAAGCUCUCCAAGGAAGGUCGCAAGUAA